CAAAGGUCAUAUUAAAAAAAAAGUAUUUAAAGCUAAUUAAAUCAGACUCUAAGCCUCUCUGGCUGUGAGGGCAAGAAAUUCCCUCAGGCAUUACCUGAGCUUGCCUCCUCCCUGGAGUCACGAAAGCUGAUCCGGGUAGAUGGGGAAGGAGGCGCAUGUCAUCAGUCCUUCCUGCUCAAGUGCGGGCUCUCCUGCUAGCUCUGGAACCUGGAGCAAAGUUUUUCUCUAUGAGCCUCCGUUUUCUUCCUAAAAUGGGACUGAAGACAGUGCCUAAUGUCAUGAGGCUGAGACGGUCGCCUGGAGAAGUCUGCUUCCCUGGAGGAAAGUGCGAAACCACGGAUGCGGAUGAUGUGGCCACGGCCCUCCGGGAGGCCCAGGAGGAAGUGGGGCUGCGUCCUCAUCAGGUGGAGGUUGUCUGCCGUCUGGUGCCGUAUCUGUUUGAUACAAAUACAUUUAUAACACCAGUUGUAGGGUUCAUAGACCACAACUUCCAGGCCCAGCCGAAUCCUGAUGAAGUGAAGAAAGUGUUCCUGGUGCCUCUGGACUAUUUCCUGCACCCACACGCCUACCACCAGAAUCACCUGACGCAAUCCGGUCAUCAUUUUAUUAUUCAUUGCUUUGAGUACACAAAUCCUGAAGAUGGUGUGACUUACUAUAUCAAAGGACUAACAGCAAAAUUCGCUGUGUUCGUUGCCUUAAUUAUUUUGGGGGAAAAACCCACCUUUGAGGUUGAAUUUAAUCUCAACGAUCUAACAUCAUCCUCGGAAGAAACCUUCCUGAAGCUUUAUAAACCUGCACCAAGCAAGUUAUGAUUUAUGAGACCAACAUCCAAAUAACUAUCUAAGCAGCUUUGUGUGUGCUUAUCCGCGGAACAACAAUAAUGCCAGCUGGUGGAAUUUGACAGGUGCGAAUAUUUUCCAGGCAAUAUGAAGAUAAAAACCUUGCCUUAUUUCCAGUUGCCCUCUGUUAUCUGAAAGAGCAAAAGUUUUUCAAAAGUGGAAAAUGUGUUUAUGAUAUUGCAUAACUUCACCCACAGUAUAUUAGCCCCAUUUUUCUUACAUGUGUAAGAAAAUGUAUCUGGCACACAGUAGACACUUAAUAAAUAUUUAUUAAAUAUA